AUGAGCUGGGAGAACCCGAUCGACAGCGACACAGAGCGGGACGAUGCCGGCGAUAUGGGCCUGGCAGCUGGCUCGGCUGUGUCUCAGGAAGACGCGUGGGCCGUGAUCUCCAGUUACUUUGAGGAGAAAGGUCUCGUGCGCCAACAAUUGGAUUCGUUCGAUGAGUUCAUCCAGAACACGAUGCAGGAGCUCGUAGACGACUCUCGCUCCAUCCGCAUCAACCCGGAAGCGCAAUACGCGCCCGGUCAGGCCAAGACCAACACAGACACCAUCUACAACAUCUCGUUUGGCCAGAUCUACCUGUCCAAACCCACAAUGACCGAAGCUGACGGCUCCACGAGUGUCAUGUUCCCGCACGAGGCGCGUCUGCGUAAUCUCACGUACUCGGCGCCGUUGUACGUCGACGUAGUGUGUCAAAAGUACCAGGCUCCUUCCUCAGGGCCCGCUAAUCUUGAAGAUAUGGAGCCGUACGACCAGGUGGAGACUCCCAAGGAGUUCAUCGGCAUGGUCCCCAUCAUGCUGCGCUCCCAGUACUGUGUAUUGACCCACAAAACAGACAAGGAGCUGACAGAACUCAACGAAUGUGUGUAUGACCAAGGCGGCUACUUCAUUAUCAACGGCAGUGAGAAGGUUCUGAUCGCCCAAGAGCGAAUGAGCAACAACCACGUCUACUGCUUCCGAAAGAACGCUGCGUCCAAGUACAGCUGGGUCUGUGAGACCCGCUCCCACGUCGAGCACGGGGUGCGUCCCACCAGUACAAUGUACGUGCAGAUGUACCAGAAGGGCGGCGGUAAGAGCGCCAUCACAGGCAACCAGAUCCGCGCUGUCAUCCCAUACAUUCGUCAAGAUAUCCCCGUGGUCAUCAUCUUCCGUGCACUUGGCUUCGUGGCUGAUCGCGAGAUCCUGGAGCACAUUUGCUACGACUUCUCGGACGCUGAGCUCAUGGAGCGCUUCAAAUCUUCGCUAGAAGAAGCUUUUGUCAUCCAGGAACAGGAAGUGGCGCUGGAUUUCAUCGGUCGACGUGGUAGCGCCAUCAAUGUGAGCAAAGCCGAUCGUAUCCGCUAUGCGCAGGACAUUUUACAGAAGGAAAUGCUGCCUCACGUGGGUGUGGAGGACCAUAAUGAGACCAAGAAGGCCUAUUUCCUCGGCUACGUGGUCCACAAAUUGCUCAUGUGCUCGCUGGGUCGUAUCGGAGAGGAUGAUCGUGACCACUACGGCAACAAACGCCUGGAUCUGGCUGGUCCUCUGCUCGGAGGUCUGUUCCGUAUCCUGUUCAAGAAACUCACCAAGGACGUCAAGUCAUUCCUGCAGAAAUGUGUGGACAACGGCAAGGAUUUCAACUUGACGCUGGCUAUUCGCUCUCGUACGAUCACUAACGGACUGCGGUACUCGCUGGCUACCGGUAACUGGGGCAUGCAGAAGAGCGCAUCGAAGGCUGGUGUCUCGCAGGUGCUGAACCGACUGACGUACGCGUCGUCACUGUCUCACUUGCGUCGCUUGAACACUCCUCUGGGUCGUGAAGGUAAACAGGCUCAACCUCGUCAACUACACAACACGCAUUGGGGUAUGAUCUGUCCGGCCGAGACGCCGGAGGGCCAAGCUGUCGGUCUCGUGAAGAAUCUGGCUCUGAUGGCUUACAUCUCGGUGGGCUCGCCUCAAGCUCCGAUUCUGGAGUUCCUGGAGGAGUGGGCGACUGAAAAUUUGGAAGAGAUUAAGCCCCAGAUCAUCCCACACUCGACGAAGAUCUUCGUGAACGGCAACUGGGUGGGAGUGCAUCGAGAGCCGAAUGAGCUGAUCCGUACGCUGCGAUCGCUGCGUCGCUGUGUGGAUAUCGACGCUGAAGUGUCGGUCAUUCGCGACCUGAUGAACAAGGAGCUGCGCAUCUACACGGACGCCGGUCGGGUGUGUCGUCCGCUGUUCAUUGUAGAAGACAACCAGCUUUUGCUGCAGAAGGAGCAAGUGGUGAAGCUGCAGAACCACAAGAUCACAAACUACCGCUGGCACAACUUGCUGACGGAUGGCGUGGUGGAGCUCAUCGAUACGGAAGAAGAGGAAGUGUGUAUGAUUGCUAUGGAGCCAAAGGACGUCGGCACGGGCUCGCAAAUCCACACGCACUGCGAGAUCCACCCGUCCAUGAUCCUCGGUAUCUGCGCCAGUAUCAUCCCGUUCCCGGAUCACAACCAGUCCCCGCGUAACACGUAUCAGUCUGCUAUGGGUAAGCAGGCCAUGGGCAUCUACUGCUCUAACUUCCGUGCAAGAAUGGACACCAUGGCCAAUGUACUGAAUUACCCGCAGAAGCCUCUGGUUACCACGCGUGCGAUGGAGUAUUUGCACUUCCGAGAGCUGCCGUCGGGUAUCAACGCUAUCGUGGGGAUUGCGUCGUACACGGGCUACAACCAGGAAGAUUCUCUGAUUAUGAACCAAAGCGCGAUCGACCGUGGCUUCUUCCGUUCUACGUUCUACCGCUGCUACAUUGACCAGGAACGGAACAAGAGUCCACACGGCGGCCCUGGCGGAGGCGCAGGUGGCGCCAACUGCGAAGAGUUCGAGAAACCUUCGCGUGAGAACUGCCUGGGACUGCGUCACGGCAGCUACCACAAGCUGGAUAACGACGGUUUGGUCGCUCCUGGCACUCGCGUCAGUGGCAACGACAUUAUCAUCGGGAAGACGUCGCCACUGCCGCAGUCCGAAGACUCGUCACUCGAGCAGCGUCACCAGAAACGUGACGCGAGCACAGCGCUCCGCUCACACGAGAAUGGAAUCAUCGACAGCGUCAUGUUGACGACGAACGCGGAUGGCUUCAAGUUCACGAAGGUGCGCUUCCGCAACAUUCGUGUUCCUCAGAUUGGUGACAAGUUUGCGUCGCGUCACGGACAGAAGGGUACGAUUGGUAUGACGUACCGUCAGGAAGACAUGCCGUUCACGGUGGAAGGAAUUACGCCCGAUAUCGUUGUCAACCCUCACGCUAUUCCGUCGCGUAUGACGGUGGGGCAUCUGGUCGAGUGUCUGCUGGGUAAAGUGUCGUCUCAAACUGGUGACGAAGGUGACGCCACUCCGUUCACGGAUGUCACAGUCCAAGCUAUUGCCGACACACUGCACAAUUUGGGCUACCAGAAACACGGCAACGAGGUCAUGUACAGCGGCCACACUGGUCGUCGCCUCACAGCGCAGAUCUUCAUCGGACCCACGUUCUACCAGCGUCUGAAACAUAUGGUCGACGACAAGAUCCACUCGCGCUCUCGUGGUCCUGUGACCAUGUUGACGCGUCAGCCCAUGGAAGGUCGCGCUCGCGAAGGUGGUCUGCGUAUGGGAGAGAUGGAGCGCGAUUGUCUGAUCUCGCACGGCUCGGCCAACUUCCUCAUGGAUCGUUUGUUCGCAAACUCGGACGCGUAUCGUGUGCACGUGUGCGAUAUCUGUGGCAUCAUUGCUAUUGCCAAUCUGCGGAAGAUGACGUUCGAGUGCCGCACAUGCCGCAACAAGACGCAGAUCUCGCAGGUCCACAUCCCAUACUCGUGCAAGUUGCUCUUCCAGGAACUCAUGGCCAUGUCCAUCGCGCCUCGCUUGUUCACGCUGGGCAACCCAAACGGUCCCAAGCCUCGCCAAGCGUAG